AUGGAAAAUUGCUCGACUGGUUUUGGUGACAUUGUCGUCAAGUUCGGCGACGAGCAAUCUGUGGCCACGAAAGCUGUGCUCGCCUUGAAGUCGGUCUACUUCAGCCGCCCAUUCCAAGGACAAUCCUCAGUUGCAACAAGUCCGUUCAUCGACGUAGGUGAUGAGGAUCCCCCUGCUCUAGUCUUCUCCAUGCUACGGUACCUACACGGUUCAUCCUAUAAAGAUCUCAAGCUGAACGUUUCAAUUGCUGAGAUUUUGAAUUUUGACAUCGGCAUGUUUCUUCUGGCAGAUCAGUACGAUAUCAAAUGCUUGCGCAGUCGGGCAACUAAGCACUUCUACAAAGACGCAGAAAACCUGAUUUGCUUUGGUGUCGUUGCUCGCGGCAUUCAACGUCUACUGGGUCCCGGUGCACCUCUUCUCGCAGACUCGUCGCUACAAGACCUCGCUUUUCAAUUCUGUAUGGAGCAUGUCGAGAAUCUGCUGCAAAACCAAACCUUCCAUGAUCUGCUGAAAGAUGGCUCGCUACUGAGUCCUACGGCCGCUGGAAAAUUGCUUGUGGAGGUUGGAGGACGUCUUCAAUUGUUCAAGACAGGAAAGCGCGGCCCACUCGAGGAUUUGGACGUGUUAUUGGAUCGUGGCUCCAAGGAUACUUCAUCGGACGAGGAAUUAACUAUCACGCAGAACGGCUUUCACAUUGGUUCGCACACUGGUUAUUGA